AUGCUGGAAGGCAUUUCUACUCUGGCAGAAAUCCCGUACGACUUCCCGGAAGACUUCCCAAUAUCAUGUCUCAAUGCGACCAUUCCCGUCGGAGUCUCCUGCAACUGGACCAAAUUCUUCGGGGUGUUCAACUGGAUGUCAGAGACGAACCAGUCAAAUCAUGUCGACACCACCGUCAUUUCAAAGAAAUUUGAUAAUGAAACAGUGUCAAUUGCAAUCGACUAUAUUGCUCAACUAGGCUUUACUACCUACGAGCUGGAUCCUUGGCCUGAAACAAAUCCGUUGUCCCUGGUACAUGUACCAGAUCUUACACGCGACAUUUCCUACUUGAACUUCCCAACGCCUCCAUCGUGGACAUUCGCCGCAUGGGGAGUAGAUUGGACGAAUGGUCACGUACCACACAACAGAUCGAUCGCAAUGCUAUGGCAUUCAAUAAUGGACAAUGCCCGACCAGAAGCUGAAGACUAUCUGCACGGCUACAACGAGAAGACAUUUGGGAACACUGCCCGCGCAAUGCUGCUCACGCCUGUGUACCAAACCCUGUCACUAGCAGAAUGGACUACUAAUUCUACCAUGCGCUACAAUGACUCCUCUGAGAUCAUGCUUGAAGCACGCAUCUAUGUCUGGGCGUAUGGGUUUGACUCAAAGACAGCAAGACUCGGUGGCGCUGUUGCGAUAGCGGGCUGCAUAGUUGCAUGCGUUCAAUUCGUGGCUGGUUUGUCUCAGCGCAGAAGGCGGCGGACUUUGGCCCAGGUUCUGCGCGCGGCGCUGGCGUAUCAGUCACAUGGGAACAUGCAAGAGAGGUCGCCCUUUCGUGUCACAGAUGCCGAAGGGGAAGUAGGUGGUCUUCAGUUUGCACUUCGGCCUGCGAGGUGA